AUGAAUCCCGUCCUAAAAUAUGGCUCGUUACCGCCGCUUGUCGUAGACUAUCUUGUUGUCAAUGGAAAUAUUGGAACUCCAGGCCAAGAUUCUGGCGAUAUUUACGGCUUCGAAAACGGGAUCCGCGCUCGAGCGCUCGACCAAGGUGGCUACACGGGUAUCAACAACGACACGGACCGUUCUACCAGUAUCUGGCAACACAUCAGCAGUCCCCACGCCCGGCCGGUUUUCCAGCUCUUCUACAAAGUAUUACAAAUGGAAGAUGACAACGACUGCAAAGUCAAUGUUUACUAUGGAAACCAGCUGUUUCUCAGGUCUGAUUCGUUCCAGGAUGUAGCCGAUUGGCGCGCUGUUUCUGGCAUGCCUUCGUUGACAACACUCAGUUUCGAUCUCAGAAUCCUGGUCGAUCUGAUGUUCAUAUCGGCUGCCAUUAGUCUCAGCGAUCUCGACAGAGUCAAGAUAGACUGGAAGGCUGCCACUCUGGUACAACCAACUAUGAGGAACACUUCCUUUGGAGAAACAAGUCAGGCGAAUCCUAGCACAACCGAUACCAAAUCCACUUCUGAGACUGCUGUCUCUAGUCAAGCUGAUGCCUCAAAUUCUCUUACCUCUACAACGCCCGACACAACUAUUCUGCCUACUCAUACACGAUCAAACACUGAAACCUUCCUGUCUAGUACGUCCCAGUUGUCAUCUGUUGCAGAGUCCGAAUUGGCUACAUCAUUGGACACCCUACCAACCAGCUCGGAGACUUUGACUACAACCUCUCCAUUGAUGUCUGAAUCAUCUAUUGUUUCAGAAUCAUCUUUGACACCGGAAUCAGCUACUUCUGCAAAUAUCGAGUCGGAAACAUCUGUGGCGUCAGAUUCAACUUCUAUUCAUAUCCUAGAGCCGACUACAUUCGAAUCGACCACGUCCACAGCGCUGGAGUCCACCAUUACUGCAGGAGAGUCGACAACUACUAAUGCAUUAAGCACGUCAGACAUUUCUUCGUCGGGAAUGUCGACAGAAACAUCAUCUAUUACAAGCUGGACUCUUACUGUGUCCGCCACGGCCAUGCCGGCAUCCACAAUGCCAACUACUACAAACGGCUCUGGUCCAUUUCCUACUUCGAUUGACGAUCUGUCCCCUGCGGCGAGGGAAAUCUUUGACUUUAUCAUGGACAAGCUUACGCCCAACGAUAGGAAUCUUCACGUUCCUGCAGCACAGAUGCGAGAAAUGGCCUCUCAUUCACUGUACCCAAGUACGACUGGUACCGAGAGUGUGAAGACGAACGUUUUUAUAAUGACUUCAGGCCUCGUCUUGAGGAUAGUACCCCUGGCAGAGAUAUGGCUACAUUUACUUGGGAGGCAGCUGACUGUGCGUGUUAAUUGGAUAACUAUACCGCGGGAUGUCUCUGAAACCUCUUCAUCAAUACCUUUCCAUUCGAUGUAG